GAAUUAGUGCAACAACAAAACCCGCCCCAAAACCCUAAAUAACAAAUCCCCAAAUUUUACAAAUAAGUUCUAGUGAGAGAUCGCUAGAGAGAGAUCGAGAUCGAGAGAGAGGGAUGGCGUUCAGAUCGAAGGAAAUGAUGAAGAAGCUAAUUAAAAAGAUAGGAGGCGAGAAGAAAUUAGCACCCGGCGUCAAAGAGUCACUGGAGAAAUCCAUUCCCAAUAGCAGGGUGGUUAUGGGUAGGGCCCACCGGGGACUCUUCGCCGGCCGUCAUAUUCAGUACGGCAAUAAUGUCAGUGAGAAAGGUGGAAACACGACAAGGAGAUUUUGGAAACCUAAUGUACAAGAGAAGCGGCUGUUUAGUUACAUAUUAGAUCGUCAAGUUCGUGUAAAAGUAACAACUCAUGCCAUUCGUUGCAUAGAUAAGGCAGGUGGGAUUGAUGAAUACCUGCUCAAGACACCAUACAAUAAGAUGGACACUGAAAUGGGCCUCUUGUGGAAGGCCAAAAUAGAGAAAAUGUAUGAAGAACUCGGAGAGAAGGAGGUUGUCUUUUUCUCACCCGAGGAUGAAGCCAAGUUUGAAGAAAAGUUCAAAGAACUUAACUCAGCUAAAAAGACACAUAGACGAGAUGCCAGGAGACAGCUUUAUGGUUGGUCAGGUAAUUCAAAGCAAACCGAAGUAGGACCUGAGGAAGGAGUUCCGGAUGAUGAAGGGUCCGAGGAUUAUUUGAUUGCCAACUCAUGAAUGCAUUUACUUUUUCAUCUUCAUCUUACCAUGCAAUGGAUAUUGCCCUCUCUUAGUGUUCCAUGUGAUAUCGGAAUUAAACUACAUAAAAUUGCAAGUGUUGGAUUUACGAUGUCAAGUUCAAGUUACUAGCAAUUUGGUAAGGUAUUUUGGUCCUAAGAAUUUAUUUUACUGGAAAAGUAAUAAUAAACAUGUUGAUGUAUUAUUAUUAUGCUUCUAUACUUGUACUGAAAAGGUGAUAAUAUGACUGAUUACCAAUGGAAGUUUUUAUUUUA